AUGGUUAAAAGCUUUAUUAAAGCCUUGUCUAACCCGUCCUUGGCAUUAUUUCUCUUGUUCAUUCACCGAUUUUCUGUGAAAGUAACUAUUAUUUAUUAUUUUGACUUUCGUUUUUUCCAAAAGGAGCCAUUAGGCAUUCCAGAAGUUUCUGCCAUCCGAAGGCUUUUGCAACUUUUCCCAUCGUCAUCUAUCUCAAAGCCACGUGAUUGCCAGAUAUCGGAUCUGCAGAAACAGUUAACCUUGCUUAUUGGUCAAUUUCUUGUGGACAAACACACUUGUGCUUUUUCUAUCAUUAACAAAUUAAGGAAGGUUAACACCCCCAACUUAGCAUUUGGACAAAUGAACCGCAAACCUUCUGACUUUGCUUUUGGGGAUGGUAGCGCUACUACUGUUUUCACUAGAGAGAGGUAUAGAGAGGUGGAGUGGUAUAAGACACUGACUUAUAAGUCAAACCACUUUUUUCCUUCUACUGGAACCCACCUCAUAAAUCUACCAAACCAAGUGACUUGUUAG